CACUGCAAAAAUAUAUUUGUGGCUUUGCAGUUUGCACCUGCGGUGACCUCAUUUCUCGAAUCCUGCGGCGCUAACUCUGUGAACAUUUUCGUCACAUUCUUGCAAAUUCUUUCUAUUUUCAUCGAUCUUCAGUCUAUACAUAGAACUACUCAUCAGUCUACCAACCCCAUUUUCCAAAUUAGCCAUUAGAGAGAUACAAAUUAAGCUUCAAGCUUCAAGCCAAAUGAUGCAAGUAAUUGAAAACUUUUGAGCAAUACAAAUGCCCAAAAAUUCAUCUUUUCAGACACCCAUUUGCAAUUACUAAUCAGUUAGCAGAAAAAAAUUUAGUCUUUGGUAUCAAGUGGAGUAAUAUCGACAUGCUUUUCCAUUUUGAUCUCAAAGAAUUUCAAGAAAAGGUCUCUACUCAGCUCCGACCUUGGCAACGGUCUUUUCAGUUCUGGGUUCGCGCUGCUGAUAUUUAUACUGGUUAUAAAGUAUUUCAGGUAAGAGCAAGUCUGGAGAAGGAUGUGAAGAAACAGGAGAUGAUGUGGGAGAAGCAGCACGAGGUUGCUGCUGACAAGAUAUAUAGCAUGUGUUCUGAGCUUGGUGGGUUUUUCCUAAAGGUUGCCCAAAUAGUUGGGAAGCCAGACUUGGCGCCCGCUCCAUGGGUCAAAAGGCUUGUUACUCUAUGUGAUCAAGCACCAGCUACACCAUACAAUGUGAUUAGGGUAGUGCUUGAGAAGGAGUUCGGUCAAAGUAUUGAUGAAUUGUUUGAAUAUUUUGACAAGGAUCCACUAGGCUCUGCUUCAAUUGCUCAGGUUCAUCGAGCAAGACUCAAAGGUGACAAGAAUGAUGUUGUCGUCAAGGUCCAACAUCCUGGAGUUCAGGAAUUGAUGAUGACUGAUAUCCGCAACUUGCAAGCCUUUGCGUUAUAUAUUCAAAAGACAGAUGUCAAGUUUGAUCUGUUCUCCGUUACCAAGGAAAUGGAGAAACAGAUUAGCUACGAAUUCGACUUUGUGAGGGAAGCUGAAGCUAUGGCAAGAAUUCGGCAUUUCCUUUGCCAGAACAACAAAAGGUCCCCUGUUCGGGUACCUUCUGUGAUACGAGACAUGGUCAGCAGGAGGGUUCUAGUGAUGGAAUACAUUGACGGCAUACCCAUUUUGAAGCUUGGAGAUGAAAUGGAAAAGAGAGGCAUACAUCCUGAUGGCAAGUUAGCGGCAGCUGCAAAACAGAAUAUCCUUAAAAAUCUGUCACUUGCUUAUGGACAAAUGAUACUCAAGAGUGGUUUCUUCCAUGCAGAUCCUCAUCCGGGAAACAUUCUGAUCUGUAAAGGCUCUGAGGUUGCAUUGCUUGAUUAUGGGCAAGUGAAGGAUCUACCUGAUGAACUGAGGCUUGGAUAUGCUAGGUUGGUUCUUGCAAUUGCCGAUAACGACCCAUUAAAGGCAUCAGAGAGCUACAGUUGUUAUGCAUCAGUGACAGCAGCAGUAAAAACAUACCCACUGCAAUCCACAGGUGGGGUCUGGGGAGGGAAGGGAGAGUGUAAGUAGGCCGUACCCACUUACCUCGUGGAGGUAGAGAGGCUGUUUCCAGAAGACCCUCAGCUCAAGUAAUGCAUAUCAAAGCAGUUUGGAAAGGAAAAUAAAGAAGCAAAGUCGACACAUCAAAUAGUAGGGAAAUCAUUACAUAGGCUUUAGCAAACAAGGAACAACAGCAACCAAAUAAUGGGAUAACUGAAGCACAGGAAAUAACAAGUAGUAAUAGAAAUCUUGGAUAAGAGACUAGAGAAGUACUGCUACAUAUCAUUUUAUUAACUAUAAGAUGUCAAACCUGGUCAUAUUUUGGUUAAGAGAAAAUGUAUUCAUGCGCAUUGCAACUAUGAUUGUGAAUCAUCUAUCAUUAGAAACACCUUCUACUUUACCUAAGUUAGUUGGAGCAACCUAACCCCUAUUCAUAAUGUUGGUUAAUAUCUAGAUUUUAUCAAUUCACUUUCUUAGUUUCUUUAA